AGUGGUGGCAGACGGGAGUACAAAUUAUAAGCGUAAUUUCAAAUAGUCUAAAGUUUAAAUUGAAAUACUAUGGAAUGAAGUGAGACAGAAUAAAAGAGCUAAUCAGCUGUGUUCGUCAUCAAAUCAGUUGAUGAAAACAACAUUAACCCUGCAACUGAUGACUUUUGAUAUCAUACUGAUGUAAGUGAAUAACAACACAUUACUUAACCCUAUUUAAAAGCUUACAAGCUACUGAUAAAGUACUUCAUACACGUCCGUGAGCAACACACGUGGAGAAACAUGCCACCCCACACAAUGGAAGCCAUUCAAUUUGACAAGAAGAAGGUAGAGAUUUUGCUGAUCAAGGCACCUCUGCCCACUGAACCUGUCAAGAAUGAGGUGAUCGUACAGGUUGCGUUUGCUGGAAUCUGUGGAACUGAUCUACAUAUAGCUGAGGGAGCAUUCCCUUGUUGCGAUGCUCCAGUAAUUCUGGGACACGAGUUCAGUGGAGUAGUGUCAGCUGUUGGGUCAGAGGUCACACACCUGAAACCUGGUGACCAUGUUGUUGUGGAUCCAAACAGCGGCUGCUACAGGUGUGAGUUUUGUCAUGGGGGUAAGUACCACUACUGCAAGGUGGGAGGGAUCAACAACACUGUUGGAAUAUGGAACGAUGGCGGUUGGGCCCAGUACUGCAAGGUGGCAGCUGAACAGGUGCACAAACUCCCUGACAACAUAACACUGGAGCAAGCUGCCCUGACAGAGCCCCUGUCAUGCAUAUCACAUGGGUGGGAUCGCAUUUCCCCCAUUCCUGUGGGUUCUAGAAUCUUGAUCCUUGGAGCAGGGAUCAUUGGCAACCUGUGGGCCAGUGUCCUGCACCUUCAGGGCCACCGCAGAGUGACUGUUAGUGAGCCACAGGAAGCACGCAGAAAACUGUUCGAGAAGUUAGAGACAGGCUUUGACAUCAUCACACCAGAUGAGCUCAAGUCUCUUCACACCAAGGAUCCCAAUUGGGGUGUGGACCUAGUAAUUGAAUGCAGUGGAUAUGCUCCCGCUAUGGAGGAGGCCCUGACGCUUAUCAAACCUGGAGGCAAAAUGUGUAUUUUUGGCAUUACAUCACCACAAGCCAGAAUGAGCAUUUCUCCAUUCCUGAUGUACAAGAAUGAGCUUACCAUCAUUGCAGUGAACAUCAACCCAUUCAGCUUCCCCAAGGCUCUGGGUUGGAUCGAUGCCAUGGGCACCAGGUAUCUGGACUAUGAACGUCUUGGCAUCAAGACAUAUAGUCUUCGCCAACACAAAGAAGCUCUGGAAGCCUUGAAAAAAGGAGCAAUUGCUAAAGCAAUAUUUAAAAUUAAGUAACAAACUUGUAGUUCUUAAGAGAUGGAAUCAAACAAAUUUAAUGCUACAGUAUCUCUGAAGAUGGAACAAUGCUCAAAAAUUAAAUCAAGAAAUAUAAAAUGAUAUGUUAAGUUUACUGCACAAACGUAACAGUAACAGGUGACUAAAUACAGGGAAUGCAGUUAAAAUAUUUUGUUUGUCUGCUAUCUAAAAAAAAAAGAGAUGAAGAUAUAACUAA